AUGGCAACCACGACAAGUUCAUCCGAGAAGGAGGUGCCGGUGGAUCCGGAAGUUGAGAAGAACGCAUCCGGAGAGACAGAGAUGACAACGGAGAUCAAGAAAAAGAUAAAGAUCGUGUUUGAGGUGCCAGCCAGCGAGGUGAGGCAGGUGAUGAACUUCAAGCCUAAGCCCUACAAGGUGGACAUACCGGACGAACUGAUCAGACGUUUCCCGGAGAUGGCGGCAACUAUGUACAUGAUGUCUGUCGACACAGCCCCGGUCGCCGAGAGCUUUAAUAGAUGGAUGCUUGAGCGGAAGGAAGAUUUCACCAGGCAGCUCAAGGCCAAGGGCAUCGUCACCCGUGAGGCUGAGGUCGACGAGGACUACGACGAAAAGAAGGACUAUGCUCCGUUGCAUCGAGGGCGUCGGAGGCACCGACCGGGCGUCGUGAAAAAGCACCAAGGGGGGACAAUGAAGCUAAACUAG